UGCUGCCCAUUCCUCAGGAUUUGUUGAGCCAUCCUCUGUCACCCUGGACAGAGGGCAGUGAAGACGGCUGCUUUGUGUGGCUGCAGGCUCUGAAAUCAUUUGAUCCAACGCUGUCCAAGGAGUCAUUUGGAAGUUCAUUGUAGUUCUUACAGUUAAGGCUCCUGGGCUGCUCCUGUUGUUGUGCUUUGUUGCUUGAAUUACAGCGGAGCAGGGAGGAGUCUUGCUGGCACGGGCAGGAAAUGGUUAAGAGCCCUUCGUAUCACCUGGGAAAGCGAUUCUUUGAUUUUUCAGAGGGCGCUAACAUGCUGCACUCCAUGGGAAACAAAGGGAAGGAGAUCAGCUAUAAGAGUUGUUCCUGGAUUUUAUUUUUGGUGGCAGAGUGAGUGAGAGCUGGAUAUUGAUGUCUGAAAAAUAAGGGAUUCUGGGUUAAAUAUUUUUUUCUUCUCUUCGCUCGGAAAAUGAUCUGCGAAGUGGAUCUGAUUCCAACUGCUGCUUUGAGAUAACUUCUUUCUGAUUGUGUGAUUAUUUUCUUGCCCUUCAAUCUCUACCUUGGGAUGUCUGCCUAGUUAUCCCAUUAUCGUUCUUGAAGUGUGUUGCCCCAGACUGGACACAAGUCUUCAGCAGAAGCUGUACCAGCCCCACCUGGAGGGAGAGGGCUCCCAAAUUGGUCUCGGUGGUGUCAGCAAGAUGAAUUUCCUCCUGAGCUUUCCUUCUCCACUCUGAGUUGUCUCAAGUUCUUGCUCUCAACGCUGGCAGACAUCCACGUGUUUUGGCACCUGAGUUACCUGUUCUGUCUCAGCUUCCCUGCAAGUCAAAAAGAAAAUCUUCCAUAUCCAGUUUACCUCCUAUUUAGCUAUUUUUGGACGAGGGGCACAUGCAAAGUGUGGCUGUCCUCAUAAACUGAAAAAUAUGUCUAUCCGAGGCCUGAAGAAGAAACAACCAAAGACUUUUAAAGUCAAGAUUAUAACGGUGGAUGCUGAGAUGGAGUUCAGCUGUGAGAUGAAGUGGAAGGGGAAGGACUUGUUUGAUCUGGUGUGCCGAGCGCUUGGCUUAAGGGAGACUUGGUUCUUUGGCUUGCAGUACACAGUGAAGGGAAUGUGCACCUGGUUAAAGAUGGACAAAAAGGUUUUAGAUCAAGAAAUCCCCAAAGAAGACCCCAUUAGCUUUCAUUUUUUGGCUAAAUUCUACCCAGAGAAGGUAGAAGAGGAGCUGUUACAGGAAAUUACCCAGCAUUUGUUCUUUCUUCAGGUUAAGAAACAGAUACUGGAUGAGGAAAUCUAUUGUUCUCCGGAGGCAACAGUUUUACUGGCUUCUUACGCUGUUCAAGCCAAGUAUGGUGACUACGACCCAAACUUUCACGAGCCAGGCUUUCUAGCCCACGAUGAACUUUUACCCAAGAGGGUCCUCAGGCAAUAUCAGCUGACAGCAGAGAUGUGGGAAGAAAAGAUUACUGCUUGGUAUGCUGAGCAUAGGGGUAUUGCCAGGGAUGAAGCUGAGAUGAACUACCUGAAAAUUGCCCAAGACUUGGAAAUGUAUGGUGUCAAUUAUUUUCCCAUUGCUCAAAAUAAAAACCAUACAGAUCUCCUGCUCGGAGUUGAUGCCAAAGGUAUUCAUAUCUACAGCAUUAAUAACAGGUUCUCUCCAAAUAAGUCGUUUGAGUGGAGCGCUAUCAGAAACAUUUCCUAUAGUGAGAAGGAGUUAACCAUUAAACCUCUUGACAAAAAAGCAGAAGUCUUCAAGUUCUUUUCCUCUCAGCUCAAGGUAAACAAAUUGAUUCUGCAGUUGUGCAUUGGAAACCAUGACCUAUUUAUGAGGAGAAGAAAAGUGGAUUCAGUAGAGAUCCAGCAAAUGAAAGCACAAGCCAGGGAAGAAAAAGCUAGAAAAAAGAUGGAGAAUCAAAGGCUGGCCAGAGAGAAGCAGCUCCGAGAAGAAGCUGAGCGAGCCAAAGAAGAGCUGGAAAGGAGGCUUUUCCAGCUGGAAGACGAAGCCAGGCAGGCCAAUGAGGCCCUGCUUCGAUCCCAGGAAGCAGCAGAACUGCUGGCUGAGAAAGCUCAGAUUGCAGAAGAAGAGGCAAAACUGCUGGCCCAGAAUGCUGCAGAAGCAGAGCAAGAGCGACAGAGGCUGGAGAUAACAGCUCUGAAAACCAAGGAGGAGAAACGCCUGAUGGAGCAAAAGAUGCGGGAGGCAGAAUUGAUAGCAGUGAAGCUGGUGAAGGAGUCUGACCGGAGAGCCAAGGAAGCGGAACAUCUGAAACAAGAUCUGCAUGAAGCCAGAGAGGCUGAACGGAAAGCAAAGCAAAAACUCUUUGACAUAACCAGGCUCAAUUAUCCUCACAUGGUCAAGUACCCACACUACUUGCCAACUGACACCAGAGAUGCCAACUUUGACAAAGGGUCCAUCAAGCUGGAUUUGAAGGACAUUGACCUCAAGAGACUGUCCUUCGAGAUAGAGCGAGAGAGGCUAGAUUACUUAGAAAAGAGCAAAAAAUUUGAAGAUCGACUGAAAGAACUGAAGUCUGAAAUUCAUGCUUUGAAACUAGAAGAAAAACAGUCUGGGCUUUACUCUCACUGGAAUGAAGUACUGGGAUCCUUGGAUCGCUCCUUAGGAAAUAUCCCAUCCUGGAUGAAAACCUUUGAAACCAGUGAUUCAUCAGAUAUAAAUCUUCAUAGACCUUUCCCCGCUUAUUCGUUAAAUCCUACAAGCAGCUGGCCUUGUACCAACAAAAUCCAACACACGGUGCCAGGGCAAAAGUCAUCUUUUCAAACCAAUUCCUUGAUUGCCAACAGUGUGGGCACAGGAACCAGAAAGCAGAUUGUAAAGGUUCAGCAGCAUGACUCAGAUGUGAUCUACAUUUGAAGAGCCUCGUUUCCUUACCAGACUGGUGGAACCUGAUGGUGUCUGUUUGGCUGCCACAAAAUGCACCCAGAUGAGAGCAUUGGUGCAGCUCUGUCUCCUGACAGUCAUCGGUGUAGAGAUGUGGUUCUAUAGGUAGCGGUGCCAUUUGGCUUCCCAGCAGGUUGCAUAAGCUGAGAGCUCUAAAACUGUCGGUGUGAAAUGGCUCGUGUCUUUGGGUACAAUGGUAACCACUCACCCAAAGGAGCAUUGUUUACUUUUUAAUGCACUUUUGUAAAAACACUUUAUACUUCUAAACCUUCCUCCCCUCGGUAAUUCUACACACUGACUUACCAAGAUGGUUCUUUUUGUGUAGAAGGGAUGCUAGGUGUCUGGGAGAUGUUUGGGAUGAGAAGAAAAAUUGUCCAUCAGCUUGGUUUACCUACACAACAGAUUAAUUCUGGUUUUGGUCCUGUCCAUGGGACAUGACUUAUACGGAACUACUCAACCUUGUAGUGUUUGCCUGCCAAAUAUUUUCCUUUUCCUCCCCAAAUAUUUCUCUGUUCACUUAAUUGAUUUUCAUUUCUCUGUGAGAAAUCUCAGCGUGUAAUUCCAGAUGUAGAAUUGGACAUCUUCAAAUACCUCUUGUUCCUGGGGGAAUCCUUUGUUUGGAAUGCAAAGCUUCUGUUCUCUCUACAUUUCCAACUAGAUCGAGCACUUUCUGUUGCUUGCCGCUCCAGCAAACUUUGCAUACAUUAACUUGUUUCCCAGUUCGGUGUGACACAGCUUCCAAAUGAGACAAAGACAAAAGAUGCUACUGGUGUCUGCUAAAGUUGGACUUGCUUCUGAUGGAGAAGUGCAUGCAGCAAAAUGUCUGCCUCAUUAGGAAAACCUGCUCGUAUUCUCUAGUUUUGUGUGUGUUUAAGUGUCUGUUUCACCAAUAAAUCUCCAGUCUGAGGACUUUGGGGAAGCAGAUGAUACGCAGCUGUAGCUAACAUAGUAGCACAGUUGAGCAUGUGAGAUAUGGUGUAAAAAAUAGAUGCUGAUGGUAAAUGUCUAGUUCCAAAAGCUAAGACUAAAAAAAAAAAUCCAUGAAAUAAAAAGCUUCAAUUUUCA